UGAGGAAGGGGCGGGGCUCCGGCUGCGCCGCGCAUGCGCAGAGCGGCGGGAGGCGGGCGGCGCGAGGCAGCGGGGUUUGGGGGCCGCCGCGACCCUCCGCCCUCCCCCACCUCGGAGCGUGUGUGACCCCCCCCGUGUCCCCCCCCCGCCCGCCGCCCCCCAGAAUGCCGCGGGGGGUGCGGACGUGCCCCCUGGGGACGCGGGAGGUGCCGGGUGACCCCUACACCAUCCGGGUCCUCCAGGAAGGCUACAGCCGCCCCCAGCCCGACGGCAGCGUCCUCGCCGACGGCACCAUCACCCUCGUCUCGGGGGGUCCCGUCACCCUCUUGGUGGACACGGGGGGUCCGUGGAACCGCCGCCGCCUCGCGGAGCUGCUGGGCGAGCGGGGGCUGUCGCCGGGCGACGUCACCCACGUCGUCUGCACCCACGGCCACUCGGACCACGCGGGGAACAUCAACCUCUUCCCGUCGGCCACGCUGCUGGUGGGCUUCGACCUGUGCCGGGGCGAGGGGCGCUACCUGCCGCACCGGCUGCCCGAGGGGCGCCCGCUCCCCCUGGACGGGGGGCGCCUCCGGGUGACGCCGACGCCGGGCCACACGCGGGACCACGUCAGCGUGGCGGUGCGCGGCACCCGCCUGGGCGCGGCGUGGGUGGCGGGGGACCUCUUCGAGCGGGAGGGGGACGGCGGGGAGUGGAGGGCCUCGAGCCAAGACCCCGCGGCGCAGGAGCGGAGCCGGCGGCGGGUGGCGGCCGGCGCCGACGUCAUCGUGCCGGGGCACGGGGCCAUGUUCCGCGUCAUCCGGCGCGACGACGGCGACGGCGAUGAUGACGACGAUGACGACGACGAUGACGACGACGACUACGACUACGACGAUGGUGAUGGUGGUGGUGGUGGAGGGGAAGACGACGACGCCAGACGCGCCCCUGAGGGAGUUGGGGACCCUCAGAGGUGGCCCCGAGUCCUGAGGGACCCCCCAGAGGUGGCCCCAAACCCCGAGGGACCCCCCCAAAGGGGAGGGGGGACCCCCGGAGGUGGCCCCGAGUCCCAAGGGACCCCCCCAAGGGGGGAGGGGGGACCCCUGGAGGCGGCCCCCAAACCCUGAGGGACCCCCCAGGAUGUCCCUGAGUCCCAGGGGGGAGGGGGGACCCCCGGAGGUGGCCCCGAGUCCUGAGGGACCCCCCCAGAGGUGGCCCCAAACCCCGAGGGACCCCCCCAAAGGGGAGGGGGGACCCCCCCUGGAGGUGGCCCCGAGUCCCAAGGGACCCCCCCAAGGGGGGACAGGGGACCCCCAGAGUUGUCCCCGAGUCCCAGGGGGGAGGGGGGACCCCACAUCCUGAGCCCCCCCCCCCCAGCAUCGUGUGCCCAGGAAUGAUGUUUUCCUCAA